AGUAUCUAGCUGCUUUAUGCAGAGUGGAUCUGAAUACUUCAGGUCUAUUUUGUUACUGUACUGACCAGCGUGCUGUAGCAGUGACGACAUGAGUUGGAGUUUCCUGACGCGUCUCCUGGAGGAGAUCUCCAGCCACUCAACAUUUGUGGGCAAGCUGUGGCUUGCACUGCUCAUUGUGUUCCGGAUUGUACUGACCGUGGUGGGUGGCAAGUUGAUAUACAAUGAUGAACGGAGCAAGUUUGUAUGCAAUACACACCAGCCUGGUUGCAAAAAUGUGUGCUAUGAUGCAUUUGCACCACUCUCGCCUGCAAGGUUCUGGGUUUUUCAGAUCAUCAUGAUCACCACACCCACUAUUCUGUACCUUGGCUUUGCCAUGCACAAGAUCGCACGCAUAGAGGACGAUGAUUACGGACCACGGAGUAGGCGCAAACGCAUGCCUCUGGUAAACCGCAGUGCCAACCAUGACUGCGAGGAGGCUGAGGACAAUUGUGAGGACGGCCUGAGAUGGAUCAAGCGUAAUGGCCUGAUGAAGGUAUACGUGCUGCAGCUUUUCUCACGUGUGGCUUUCGAGGUGGCCUUCCUGUUUGGCCAGUAUGUGCUGUAUGGGUUUGAGGUGGCCCCAUCAUACGUGUGUACGCUUAGCCCAUGUCCACACACAGUGGAUUGCUUUGUGUCGCGUCCCACUGAGAAGACCAUCUUCCUGAUCAUCAUGUAUGCCGUGAGCUCCCUCUGCCUGCUGCUCACCGUGCUCGAGAUCUUGCACUUGGGCAUCAGUGGCGUCCGUGACGCAUUCCAGAGCCGUGCACGGCGCCACCACCACCAUCAAGCCCUGACCAGUCAGAGGGCCUUGGUCUGCCCACGUCACACACCCUCAGCACCCCCUGACUACCACACAGCCCUGAAGAAGGAUUCUGGCAAGGCAGGUGCAAGAGCUGAAUACAAUCUUAGUGACUUGGGCCGCGAGUCUCUGGGUGAUGAGGCGUCCUCACGGGAGCUGGACCGUCUGCAGCGCCACCUGAAGCUAGCACAGCAGCACCUGGACCUGGCUUACCAGAAUGAGGAGGGGAGUCCAGUGCGAAGCAGCAGCCCCGAGUCCAACGGCACAGCUGCCGAGCAAAACCGUCUCAACUUUGAGAAACAGGAGGAGCAAGCCAGUUCCUGUGAGAAGGGUAAACCUAUCUAG